UUUGUCUUUACUUACUCUUCUUUCUUCACCUCUUCCAUUUCUCUCCUUUAUCUUCUCUUCCAGAAAUAAUGUUCUUGAACCUCUGCAACCUCUCUCCAUUGCUGCAAAACCAUCUCCGUUUUUCCGUAACGCCAUGCCUUUAUCGAGCCUGCAUCAGCUUCUUGUUGAAGAAGGCUUUGAACCAGAAAAAUUAUCAAAAAAUUCAAGGCCUAUAAUGAAGCUCAAAGAAAGAGUUGCACCACCUGAUGAUUCCAUCACUCUCCCUAUAUACAUCUGCCGCAACGUCAGGACGUUCGACUACACAAAGGCGAAGACCGAGAAGUCUAAGGGGUCAUCGGUAGUUUCAUCAGCUAGAAACAAUAACACCAAUAUGAAAAGAUCAGCGGAGGCUGCACCGAUUGAUGAAGUUGCAAUAAGGGCAGUGGUGUCCAUCCUCAGUGGAUUCAUUGGCAGGUAUUUGAAGGAUGAAAGUUUCCGAAAAUCGGUUAAAGAGAAGAUCAACAAUGUCUUGGUGAGAAGAAGGAAAGAUUGUGAAGAUGGAGGGGUGUUGACAAACAUGGAAAUUGGAAUUGAAAGCAUUGAAAUAUUGGUUGAAGAUGAAGGGGCAACAAAGAAGGAACUUAGAAUGGAACUGGUGAAGAAUUCAAUUCAACUUUUGAGUAUUGUUGCCUCUUUGAACUCAAAAAAUUCUAGACAAAAUUCAACUUGUGGCAUUCCCAAUUCACAUCUCUCAGCAUUUGCUCAACUCUACAUAGCAAUAAUCUACAAGUUGGAGAAGAAUGACAGGAUUUGUGCUAGACAUUUGCUUCAAGUUUUCGUUGAUUCGCCGUUUUUUGUAAGGACUCAUUUGCUUCCUGAUCUUUGGGAGCAUGUUUUCCUGCCUCAUCUUCUUCAUCUCCAGGUUUGGUACAAUAAAGAAUUUGAGCUGAUCUCAAACUUGAAUUGUAGUGAUAAAGAAAAGAGAAUGAAAGGUUUAAGCAAGGUGUAUAAUGAGCAAAUGGACAUGGGGACCACUAAAUUUGCUCUCUACUAUAAACAAUGGCUUAAAGUGGGGGCAAAUGCACCCACUGUCCCUUCUGUGCCUCUACCUUCAAGGCCUAGCUAUGGAGGAACAUCGUCGAGGAGAAGACGAUCAUUGGAUUCGCUCGCCUCGCAGUCCUCCUCCACGAACAAAAAUUUGUAUCAAACUGUGUUUGGCCCCACACCUGAGCAGAUUUCAGUGGAGUUUAAUCAUCAAAGAAGACAUUCAAUCAAUGCAUGGAAUCUCCAGGAAGAAAAUUACAAUAACUUCAAUUAUGUUAAUAACAAAGAAUCAAGACCUAGGCGAAGAUCAUAUCAAUAUGACAGAGUUUCAAGAACAAAUUCAUGGAUUGAUUCAGAAAAAUCAGACUAUUUUCGAGUCCUGACAUGCCGCGGAACGCCAAAAGAGUUCCUAGUGAACUCAACCAGGAAUGAGUCCAAUGUUCAAACUUAUUCAAGUGAACUUAGCAGCGCGAUUACCGCGAUCUGUUCAUCGGAAAAUCUGACUGAAUGUGAAGUUGCAAUCCGGGUAGUCGCCAGGGCUUGGUUGAAUUCACAUGGUGAUCCUGCGGCAGAAGCUGAACUAUUGAAGGCUCCUGUAAUUGAAGCAAUGCUUGAAGUUUUGUUUGCUUCAAGUGAUGAUGAAAUUCUGGAGCUUGCAGUGUCAAUCUUGGCGGAAUUCGUGGCGCGAAACGAAGCGAAUAGGCAGAUAAUAUUGAACUCAGAUCCACAGCUUGUCAUUUUCAUUAGACUUUUGAGAAGUAACAGCCUGUUUCUGAAGGCUGCAGUACUGCUUUACCUGUUGGAACCAAAGGCGAAACAGAUGAUAUCGACCGAGUGGGUGCCAUUAGUCCUUCGAGUGCUGGAGUUCGGAGACCAGUUGCAGACCCUUUUCACAGUGUGCUGCAGAGCUCGAGUGGCUGCAUUUUAUUUUCUGGAUCAGCUACUAAACGGUUUCGAUGAAGAUAAGAAUCUGGAGAAUGUAAGAGAAGUUGUUUCACUUGGGGGAUUAGGCCUAUUAAUGGAGAGAAUUGAGAAAGGAGAAAUUGAUGAGAGGAAAAAGGCUGUCUCCAUUGUGAUUUGUUGCAUAAAAGCUGAUGAAAAUUGCAGAAAUUUCUUAGCUGAAAAUCUGAACAAGGCCUCAAUUCUUGAGCUCAUUGCUGGUGAUCAGAACCUGAAGAAUUCUGAUGGAAGUGCAAUUGCUUUGUUAACUGAGUUACUCUCUUUACAAAGAAGAACCCAGAUGAUGAAAUUCUUAGAUGGAUUAAGUGGAGGAUGGGGUGGCUUCAACACUAUGCACAUUUUGUUAGUUUAUCUGCAAAGAGCUCCACCAGAAGAACGACCACUGGUUGCAGCAAUUUUAUUACAGCUUGAUCUUCUGGGGGAUCCAUUGAAGUGCAGCAUGUAUAGAGAGGAAGCAAUGGAGACAAUUAUAGCAGCAAUGGAUUGCCAAACUUGUGAUGAAAAGGUUCAGGAACAAACAGCAAGAGCACUCAUGAUGUUGGGAGGUUAUGUUUCUGAGGCAACACCAGAAAAUUGGCUUUUAAAACAAGGAGGUCUCCAUGAGAAAGAUGAUUCUUUCUACAGCAAGAGAGUAGUAGCUUUUGAUGAAACCUUGAAUGAAGAGGAACGGGCAACAGAAAUCUGGCAAAAAGUGGCAGCAAUUGCCUUGGUGAAGAGUAGCAACAAGAGUUUGUUUUCAGCACUUUCAAAUUGCAUAGGCAAUGGGAUUCCAAGUUUAGCAAGAGCAAGCCUCUUCACAGUUGCAUGGCUGAGCAGGUUUCUCCAUUCUCUUGGUGAUGAAAAUUUGCUGUCAAUGGCAUGCUCAAUUCUUGCUCCUCAACUGCUACAAUCCUCAAGCUAUCACAGAGCUCAUGAAGAACAAGCAUUGGCUUCAUUUUCAUUAGAGUGUCUCACAAAAUCUUCAGAUUAUUUCUCCAUGCUCUCAUCAUUGGAAAAAGACUUCUCUGGCCCUCUUUGGAAUCCUUAUUAAUCUCCAUAACUUUGGGUUGUUGGCACG